GUGAUACGUGAUGCUACAACCUCUUACAUGGAACCCUACCUCCAGACCAUGCCAGUGAAAGUAAACGUGGAUGAAAUAGCUGGAAUCGAUUAUACUCCAAUGAAGCCUCCACAAAUUUCAAAUCAUAACCUGGAUAUUCCUCUGAGGGGCAACUUUUUCAGUUUGACUAAGCACAAGUCACAUCCCUCUCACCCUCCGAUUAUGAAUUUCCAUGGCAGCCAACUACAAAUGAUCUUUUUUGCAGUCUCACAUACCCUUUUUGACUCAGCCAAACAUGUUUACCAAGAUGCUGGAAUCAAAUUCCUCCAUGUGACUAAUUCCAAGCUUCUAAAGGAUUCCAAAUUCCCAUUGACCACCAGAUACUAUGGAACUCUGAUCCCUGGGUUGUCCAAGAAGUUUCCCAACAUGGAAAUGAAAAUAGAUGUCGGCCUCCCCCCGCUACCAACUGUUGUCUACAACUCUAGACAUAAAAUGAGCCUCACAUCUGUGCUUUCAGUCCAUGUCUAUGCGAUUUCCCCCAGGUCUUCUCAUAGCCUACUCUUUACACUAAGCCUGGAUACAAGUGUUACCCUCCACCUUAGUGUAAAGAAUGGUACCAUUUCGGGGCACUUAUCAUUAGAAAGCAUCAAAAUUAAAUUGAAGCACUCAAAUGUCGGCAAUUUCCAGGAGUCUGUGCUGCACCAAGUUUUUGUUCAUUACAUGAAUGAAGUUUGGAUUCCUACAGUUAAUAGGAGGCUGGAAAAAGGUUAUCCUCUCCCCAUCCCAGUUAAUCUCCACUUCUUCAACUAUAUUGUAUAUCCUCAUAAGAAUUUCCUGGUAUUUGGAUCAGAUUUUAACUAUUUCUGAGGGCAUUUGGCUGACUGCCACGGUUAUCUGCAUCCCAUACACCAUCUCCAUCCUACGACAUGCAUCAGGAUUGACAGUGGGGGGACUGUCUAUCAUUACCACUAGUCUGGAACUUUGUCCAUCAAGAAACUCUGUAUUUGUAAUUGAUGAAGAGAAAGGACAUUGGAAAUUUGAUACUGUUCAGUGGGAAGGUCUUUGUUUUGUUAAAAAGCAACUAAAAUUUUCCAUUGGAGUGGGAAGUUGUGGGGUUGGAGGGAAUUCUACUGAGGUUUUCUUAAUACAAUGUUUUUCAUUAUAACCUUAAUAAAUAUACUCUCUUCCAAUAAACACAGAACCUUCUUAAUGCAU